AUGGUGCGCGUGCCCGGAUCUACUAGUCCGAAAGGGGACGUGAAGGUGAAGGGUGAGCGGGACCCUGGCGUCGCUGAAAAGCGAGGUCAAAACCUGGAGCGCGAGCAUCUGAAGGGGGUCAUCCGCGACCCCGCUGCCCGAAGCGAUGCUCUAGACGCUGCGAUGGACUACAUGGAAGUCGAAGAUGCGAAGAAGAAAGCCGAGAAGAAAACGGAGAAAUUGGAGAUCUCGGCGCUAGCGGUCCAUGGCCCCCGCAACGACACUCACGAUGAAGACAAACGAUUUCGUGAAGCCGAAGUCAACUACUUCCGUCUAGAGCUUGCGUUCCUGCUUCAGAGAGAUCCGCUCCUGCUUCGCAACCCGCGCACGCUAACAAUCCGAGAUCCGCUUCACGCCGUCACGAUGCUGUUCUGCGUGCUCGAAGAUGCUGGUUUCAAGGUACAUGAACAGCGGAUCUCCACCGAUGUACGCGAGUACGAUCUGGAAACCACCGUCCUUACGCUCGCGCGGGUGUACGCAGUGUUGCAGAAGCUCGUCCCGAGUGCAGAUGUCUCAUCCGCGCCGUUGCCGACCGGAGACCUCACACCUCCUCGGUUGGACGAUUCCCGGAUCUCCUUCAAGUUUGAAGAUGACGGUGACGCUCUCAUGAGGAGCACUACCUCAACCAAGAAGCCUCCACCGGCCCCACGACGCGGGAAGUCUGCGCAAGUGUCAAAUAUUGCGCAGACUCGCCCAGCGAGAGGACCACGUGGGAGGAUCCAGGAGGCUCAAGAGGUUGCAACAGAGCCCGGUCGCCCCGGCGGUGUGGCUGAAUACCUUCUUUACCAGUUUGCGAACGAGCGAGACGAGCCUGAAGACGUUGAGAUGCAACCUGUCACUGCGUCUCCCGCUCGGCCACGUAUCGGGUACCGAUCCCAGACACAACCGGAAUACCAAGGAGAUCUCCAUGACCUAUCCGAUGACCUCGACUAUGAUGGAGGUGGUGGAACCGGAGGUCGUGUCGCAGCUGUGUCCACGGCGACUAGGUUGCGAGCAUCGGCUGUGUCCGAACCGAAGGACUUCAGCGGCAAGGAACAUGACGAAGAAGCCGCCCGAGCCUGGUUCAACAAGCUGAGCCGCACCGCUCGCGCGUCGUGGACUGACCUGGGUGAACAGUUCCAGAUCCACUUUUGCGGUAAAGGGAUCUCCCUCGCGCGCAAGUACUACCACAUGCGGCGCGGGAGUCAGGAAGACCCACUGGAUUACUUAUACCGGCUGAAUCUGGCCGGGAUACGUGCAAACUUGAAGAUCCAUGAUGGCACCAAGGAACAACGACGUGAAUACGUCGACCACUACAUCGAUACAGUCCAAGAUGACGAUCUCGCCGGAUCUCUGGCCCCCGCCCCUGCAGCCUCCUCGAGGGCGGUGCGGGUUGUGACUACCGGUCGCGGACGCCGCGGAGAUCACGGAGAUCUCAACGAGUUCGAGGGCGAAUCAAGCAGUUCCAAUAGCGAAUCUGAAGACGAAAGAGCGCACGUGUUUUCGGCAGCUAGGACGCCUACACCAGGAGAUGGUGAACAGCCAGGGGCGCGCCAAGACCGCGAAGACCAACUGGGGCGCCCGAAGUACGGCAUUCGAUGCUCACACUGUGGAUCUCGCAAGCAUACGGAUCUCGGGUGCUGGAAGAGGCUCACGUGCCAGAAGUGUGGACGCAUGGGUCAUCCUACCGACAAGUGCUUCUACGUCUGCAAGUGCUGUGGAGACGUUCACGAAGCAGGUCAGUGUAAAAUCGGCGACUUCUUCGAUGCUGAUCGCCAAUGGUACAACUCGACUCGCCAUGCCGGACUGCUGCCCGAGAGCGUCGAGAAGGCGUUAAACUAG